AUGAGUUUUCCUGCGUUCCUCCUUAAGAUGUUUAUGAAGAUGGCAGAUCGUUUCGAGGACCCGUGUCUCCGUUUCCUGCCGUCUGAUGUGCAACGUUGCAUAUGUGACGUCCCACUCUGGACGCUGUUGAGGCGGCAUUUGCGGUCUUGCUUCCGCUGCACGUGCCAUUAUUAUCUUGCGCUACUCAAUGACCUCGAAGCAGCGCGAACAGACGCACCGCAGCUUGUCCUUGUAGUGCCCGGAAAUGUAGUUACACUUACAAACGCGGUUAGCGCAAAUCACUAUACCGCAACGACAGCAGUUUGUUUUGCCGCUGAAGAUCCUAAAUUCUCGAAUGAGGUGUCACAGUCCUGGUACUGGCAGUACUUUGUUUUGGACGGCACCUGCCACUGA